GGCGUGACCGGAAGCGGAAGCGCGCGGGGCGCCGGUGCUAACAUGGCGGCGGCCAGGGCCUCGCGGCCCAUGUCUCUGGACUGUGUGGCCGCGCAGCUCUUUGGCGUCCUCUGGCUUGCGGCUGUCGCCUCAGGCCCCUGGGGGGUGGCUGCCAGCGCCGCGGCCGGGGCCGAGGAGACGCCGAGGUGCGAGGACCUCCGCAUGGGGCAAUAUAUUUGUAAAGAUCCAAAAAUAAAUGAUGCUACACAAGAACCAGUUAACUGCACAAACUACACAGCUCAUGUUCCAUGUCUCCCGGCACCCAAUAUAAUAUGUAAGGAUUCUAGUGGCAACGAAACACAUUUUACUGGAAAGGAAGUUGGUUUUUACAAGGUUGUACCUUGCCGGAAUGUAAACGGCUACUCGUACAAAGUAGCGGUUGCACUGUCCCUAUUCCUCGGAUGGCUGGGAGCAGACCGGUUUUACCUUGGCUACCCUGCCCUGGGUUUAUUAAAGUUUUGCACUGUAGGAUUUUGUGGAAUUGGGAGCCUAAUCGAUUUUAUUCUUAUUUCAAUGCAGAUCGUUGGACCUUCAGAUGGAAGUAGUUACAUCAUAGAUUACUACGGAACCAGGCUGAUAAGACUGAGUAUUACCAAUGAAACAUUUCGGAAAACACAGCUGUACCCAUAAACCUCGACGGGGAAGCGCAAGGUGACGCACUGAACCCUAACCACAGCCUGAUGCCCCAAAGAAUCCGCCAUGAGGACCCACCUGGCUGGCGGCUGCAUGGACUCAGGGCCAGGCGUGCGUCAUUCACACUCACAGUGCCCUCUUUGCACGGCGCCGCAUGUCUGACAGAGUCCCAGGCUGCCCUGUGCAGUGCGCCUGUUAGCAACACCGAGUCUCGCCGGCCGAGCCGUGCAACACAGAGCUGCCCUCCUGUCUUCUGCUCCGCGCCACGGCCCUGUAUGUGUGAGUGGCGCAAAUAAAAGCGCAGUCACCAGG